UAGUUGAGUUGUUGACAAACAUACCCAAUACUCAUUCACAUUUACUGACUCCUAAAGCUGAUGUCCAAGAACACCCGAGAUGUCAAUGCUUCAUUUUAGUAUUAAAUUCAUGACCAAUUAACUUAUCUUCGUCCCCAUAUAUCUUCUUCAGUUCCCCUGUUGGUUAUAAUCCUAUUCAUAUACUAUUUGCAAAUAGAUUUAUAAUAUAUGUUUGUUUCUAUCAUUCUAUGCACCAAGGUCAAAUAGUUGACAAUAUAUCUACAUGUCACAAUCGCAGAAAGAUGUUAAUAGAUCAUACCCAAAGUAAGUUUAAUACUAGAUGGGUUUCAUUUGGUGUAUGCUAUAUUUAGUUGAAGAUUUGAAGAUCCAAGGAGGCAAGAAGAACACAUACACACACACUCAAGAAAGAUGCCUGCAGUUUGGUUUGCUUUAAAGAAGUCAUUGCACUGCCAAUCAGGACCAGCAGAUGUUCAUGAUCCAACUAUUCAAGUGAAGAAUCUGAGCAAAAUAGUGACAAAAAGCAAGAAAUCUUCAACAUCUACUGGAGGGAAAUCAGGAUGUUCAAGAUCUUUAGCAAAUCUUAAGGAUGUCAUCCAUGGAAGCAAGAGGCACAUGGAGGAGAAACCAUCAAUUAUGGAGACAACAAAUGCAACAACAAAUGCUAGUCCAAGAUCCAUUGGAAGUUCAGAGCUUUUAAACCCAAUUGCCCAUGAAGUCAUCUUGUCAAACUCUAAUUGUGAACUUAAAAUCACAGGUUUUGGUUCUUUGCAAGAUGGGAAUGGUGGUGGUGAUGAGGUUGUGUCCUCUAGAUUUGAAGGUACCCUAAAGCCUGGGACGCCGGGUCCUCACAAUCAUCAUCAUCAUCAUCGUAUGCCAACAAGAUCACCGAUGACCAAUAGAAGAAAUUCUCAUGGAUCUUCGAGGGUUGGUAGUAGAGGGUUAGGAUCUGGGUUUGGUACUAUUAUUCCUACAAAGGGUAGAGCUUCUCUUGAUGGAGAUGGUCAUGGGAUUUUUAGUUUAGCUUGCCAUAAAUGUGGUGAGCAGUUUGUGAAAUGGGAAGCUCUUGAAUUUCAUCAUCUCUCCAAACAUGCCGUUACUGAGCUCCUUGAAGGAGAUUCAUCCAGGAAAAUUGUAGAACUAAUCUACAAAACAAGUUGGUCAAAAUCCCACCCCAAUUCUGGAGGUAUAGAGAGGAUCUUAAAGGUCCACAACAUGCAAAGAACACUAUCUGAAUUCGAAGAACAUCGCGAAAGUGUCAAAGUUAAAGCUAGCAAACUCCAAAAAAAGCACCCACGUUGUCUGGCCGAUGGCAACGAGUUACUAAGGUUCCAUGGGACUUUAGUCGAAUGCAACCUCGGCCUAAACGGCUCAUCUAGCCUUUGCCAAUCAAGUAACUGCAACGUUUGUCAAAUUCUACGCCACGGGUUUUCUAUCAAGAAAAUUAACAACAAAAAUGUAGGUGGGCCGGGUGUUUUCACUACUUCAACAAGUCAGCGGGCUUUUGAUGCCCUUGGUGCCAAUAAUAGUCUUUUACUGAGGAAGGCUUUAAUAGUUUGCAGAGUGAUUGCUGGGAGAGUUCAUAAGCCAACGGAGAACAUUCAAGAACUUGCUAAUCAAUCCGGGUUUGAUUCGUUGGCCGGAAAAGUUGGGAUUUAUUCAAAUAUUGAAGAACUUUAUUUGCUCAACCCUAAAGCAUUGCUCCCUUGCUUUGUUAUAAUUUGUAAGCCACAGAUUUAACCAAAAGAACAUUUGGGGGCUAUAUUGACUGUAGUUUGGUAGUACUACUAUUUGUUUCUUUUUCAUUUUAUUUUUGUGUUGACUAAUAUAUUUUUAUUUACUUAUUUCGUACAUGUCAAAUUUUCUA